GCAGUAGGCCUGAAAAACCAACGGAUAAGCAUUUUAAAGGUUGAUGAAGGAUUCAGCAAAAGAGAAUUUUUAUAACAUCCUUUCAAUCCAGUUCUCCCUCUCACCUACUAGUAUCAGCUUGCAGACUGCCAUGGAAAUUCCUGUUUUGCUUCAAACAGUCAAUGGGAGUGAACUGCCCUCCAGCACUAUGUUCGCCUUCGUUUGAAACAAACAGCCUCCGUGAUGAGGUAGAGCCCCGCCCAGCAAACACAAGCGUUCAGACUCGCUGAAAACCCUUCAGCCCCGAUCAGUAUUCAAAAACGAUGACAGGGAUGAAGCAGAUAGAAAAAUUCCUGAAGAAACAAACCUCGACCCUGACCAGAAGCCGUGUGGAUAAGGAUGGCUUUUUCCCAGGGACGCUGAAGCGGCGGCCGAGCGCGUCCAAAAUACUUCCGUUUUUAAAGGAUACAGUGUCCGGGAGUGACAGCCCCAGCCCCAAGGAUGAGUUUAGCCCAGACAUCGCUUGCCUGGAGAGUAAAUGGACAGACACAGAGGAUGACCUGACCAGUCCCUCCCUGUCGUCAGGAGAAAUCAGCCCCAAUGGGUCCACGCUCAGCAGUAAGUUGUGGCAUCUCUCAGACACCCCAGAGAACAUCGUGGAGCAUGUGCUGGAGGGACUGGUGGAGACUUCAAAGAACAGCGUGGAUGCAGAUAUUUUACUGGAUGAUUUCCUUCUCACCCACUCAGUCUUCAUGCCAACUGACAGGCUGCUUCAGGUUUUGCACAAACAGUACUGCACGAGUGCUUCCGAAAGAGCUGAGAACUGGAACGAAGCCUAUCCUCAACUGAAGAAGCAGACAGUUCUGAGAAUCACAGUUGAAUGGGCAGAGAAAUGCAAGGAUCUCCUGCUGGAAGAUGAAGUUGCAGUAAGGUUGCUGAAGGACCUGAACGCUAUCGCCAGAAAAGACCUGCACCUCUAUCCUAACCUGAAAGACGAGCUAAUGAGGCUUCAGCACAUGGUGGAAACAGUGGAAUACAGGCCACCUGAGGAAUGCAGCCACUUGAGAAAGAAACAGGUUAAACCUCUGUUCCGUCACUUUAGUCGUACCGAUAUCUGCCUGCAGCAGAGGGAGCCGCUACGUGGCACAGAUGAGAUUUUCUGCCGUGUUUACUCGAGUGAUCAUUCCUACGUGACCAUUAAAAGCAGAUUGUCAGCGUCAGUGCAGGAGAUUGUAUUGUCUGUAGCUGAAAAACUUCAGCACUCAGAAGAAGAAUCAAAGGAGCCAGUGCACAAGAACCUGCUACUGGUUGCUAUAAGAUCAUCAGGGGAGAAAACGAUGUUUCGGUUGGACGAGGAUUCCGUGUUUACGACCUUGGGCGUUAACACUCACCUGUUCGCCUGCACAAAGGAGUCUGUGGAAUCACUGGUCCCGCCACCAGCUGUCGAGCGCCUCCCUCACGAAGGACCAGAAAUCAAUGAAAUGAACAUGGUGGAAAUGGCCAAUCAGAUCACGAUGUUUGACUGGGAGCUUUUAAAUUGUGUGCAUGAGCUGGAGCUGAUCCAUUAUGUGUUCCGGAAUGAGAGCAUUCGGAGGCGAACAGCAAACCUGGAGCUGGUGCUGCAGCGGUGCAGCGAGGUGCAGCACUGGGUCGCGACUGAGAUACUAAUGUGUGAACGCCUAGGCAAGCGAGUGCAGCUUCUCAAAACCUUCAUUAAUAUCGCUGCUCUCUGUAGGGAGAAGCAGAACCUGUUCUCAUUCUUCGCCAUCAUCAUGGGCUUGUGCAAUGCAGCUGUCAGUCGCCUCUGUCUGACCUGGGAGAAACUGCCCGCAAAAUGCAAAAAGCUGUUCCAGAAAUUCGAGAGCUUAACGGAUCCUUCACGUAAUCAUAAAUCCUAUAGAGACUCCGUUGCCAGGAUGAACCCUCCCCUUAUUCCUUUUGUUCCCUUGCUGCUAAAAGACAUGACAUUCAUACAUGAGGGCAACAAAACGUUCCUGAAUCAAUUGGUGAACUUUGAGAAAAUGCACAUGGUGGCCAACGCAGUGCGGACCAUGAGGAGGUAUCGAAGUACCCCGCUCAAGCCAGAAGCUGAAGCUGCUGCAAACCACAUUGAGAUUAAGGCAUACAUCCGUCAGCUCCAUGUGAUCGACAAUCAGCAGUUACUUUACGACCUCUCUUACAGACUAGAGCCCAAGGACCCAUAACCAUGGAAUGUUCUGCUCCGCUUCCAGUCUGCAAUGCUAGCCAAUGGCGUUGAAAGUGUAUGUGGCUGUGCCACUACUGAUCUGAACUCACUGUGUAGAACCACCAACCUACCAAAAGAGAUCUGCCACAUACCGCUGAAUGUGCGCUAGAAAAGCUGACCUCAAAGUGACCUAGGCCUGGCUUUAGACCUAUUCCAUUCACGCAUUCAAUAUAUUACACUGGACUGCUGCAGCCAAGGAACCCUUGUGGUGUGUGCCCAGUAUUCUUUCAAGAGUUUUGUGCACUGAUGUAGGACCUUGAGCAGAGAACACAGAAUGCCUGCAAGCUCUCUAGGACUAUUACUUUUUGUCAUCUUCCAUUUAACGAAACCAUGGGAUCAUGUGUUCAGAAACCAAGAGAUACUGUCAAACAACACACAGGCCAAAAACAGAAUGGGGAAGUGGAGAGGGUGGGAGUGAUACAUGUGUACUGGUCUUUCUCGGGAAUAUCCUCAUUUCUGCUUGUACCCAGUAUGAUUCAUUUAACUGAAGAUCUAAUUCUAAUGCCUUCAGUAUUUACAUUACUGUAAUAGAUGGUGACAUAGGACAUUGGCUCCCUCUUUUGGCAAGAUACAGAUGGCUUAGGUUUUAAACCUGACUUUGGUAAAGACCAAUUGCUUCAUUAUUAAUGUGAAACUAGCAACCUGUAAUAACACUACUCACCGUCACCCUCCAAUUCUGAAAUAUUUAUUAAUUUCCCCUCCAUUUGUAAGACUUCCCACCUCACUGCCUAUUUCGGAUAACAGACAGAUCACUGGCUCCUCACUCAAUCUUGAUGCCACCCUGAACCAGGAGGACAGAAGCAAGAGCAACCUGAAGAUUGAUGGGGUGGGAUACACUAACAUUCUUUAUUCCCUUUGCCUCCAUCUGUUUGGGGAAACACCUUAAGCUGCUGUGUACCACCUCUCUGGGGAUUCAUGACUGCAACUUCAUACACUACCAACAGAUGGAGCAUUAUUAAGCUAUUGUUGAAGGGGAAUACUUCCACACCGGUCUGAUGCCUUUUUAGAGUUGUAUCCUUUUUUUUGCUGUAGAAUUUAAAUUGUAACAUAAAAUGGAUCAGUUAUUUCUAUCAGUUUUUAAUUUCAUUGUUGCAUUUAGGAAAUAAUUUCCACAUUUUUAAAAAACUUUUGUACAAAGAAUGCUUUUUCUCAUUAUGAUUUAAUUUGAGUCUAUGGGUGUAGAUACGCAGUGUUCGUCAGCUUUUCUCUGUCUUGCCUACUUGUAAAGAAAGCACUUACAGAUCAAACUGAAAUUAUGCGUAUAAGAAUAAACAAUUUUUUUAAA